GAUAUGUUGUAAUGUGCUACCGCAACCUCUCCAAUAUCUGCAAAUAAAUAUCUUUGUACAAAGUGAAUUGAUGAAGCAGUAUUAAGGCAAAUUUGUGAUUUCUCCGAUUUCAGAAGAGAUGUAUCUGAACACCUUUGAAUGCAAAGCUUGUUGAAAGGGAUUUAUUGAUCCUACAACACUGGUGGGUGAUUUCCAUGACGUGUGCCCAAACAAUGAAAGAAGCAGCCAUGGAGGGUACCCAGACUGUUCACACAGAUGGCAGCUCCUUGCUGAAGGCCGUUUACUUGAGUCGGCUGCGCCUGACGCGCCUUUUACUGGAGGGUGGCGCAUACAUAAACGAGAGCAACGACUUGGGCGAGACGCCGUUGAUGGUGGCGUGCAAAAGCAAACAUGUGGACCAGCAGAGUGUGCCCAAAGCCAAGAUGGUGCGGUACCUUCUGGAAAGCGGCGCUGAUCCAAACAUUCAGGACAAGAGCGGGAAGACAGCGCUGAUGCAUGCUUGUCUGGAGUGGGCCGGUGCCGAGGUGGUGGCUCAGCUUCUGGAGACAGGUGCUGACCCGAGCUUGGAGGACCAUUCUGGUUGUUCGGCACUGGUCCACGCUGUGAACGCCAAGGACAAAGAAACACUGAGGAUGCUGAUCGACGCUUGUAAGGCGAAGGGCAAAGAGGUCAUCAUCAUUACCACCGACAAGAUGGCCGAUGGGAAGCAAAUGACCAAACAGUACCUGAACGUUCCUCAAGUGGGCGCCCUGGAGAGAUGGGACCAGCUGAAAUCACCUGCGCUGUCCUGCACCUCUCCGUCGGAGAUCGAGCUCCACACCUCCACGAGCCCCCUCAGCGCUGCCCCAAAACAGGUGUUCACCUUUCAAGAGUGCAAGGGUGUGACCAACUCCCAGCCCUGCUCACCCUGCCGUCAGUGGGGUAUCACGAACGAAAUCCUGGACAAAACUGCCCAUCUGCAACGUCUGAACUCAGAACCUUGGCUGCAGAUACCGGCUUCCUUUCUGGCCCAGCAGCAAGGUCUUGCCACCUUCCCUAUCGAGGACCCCCCAGACAUCUCCCUAGAGGAUGAGCUCUCAUUCAGAACCGAGCAGUUAGCAUUUACUAGUGGCCCUCUGACACGACAUUGGAGCAUUGACCUCAGAGAGGCUGGUGGCUUGAGCCAAGCUGGGAGACCAACUGGUCAAGCUGCCAUCAAUCGAAGCUCGACGCAGGAGUUUGGUUUAAUGCCCAGCCGCAAGAUGUCCUUUGAUGGCUUGUCCUCGUCCCAUUCGCUCUCACACCCAAACCUCCAUGCCAAGACCACAGUUGAGCCCAUAGCAGCCGAUCGAGACCCCGAUAGGUCCCUCCCAAACCUGGCUGUGUCCAGCCUACGGAACAUCGUCUGUCGGCGGAAUCUGGGCAUGGCCCACUACAGCUCGGACUCUCAGCUGUCCUUCCAGAACGGCGGCUCCUUGGACGACAUCAAGGGAGCCGUGGACAGAAGGCGGCUGGUCACGUCUCGUUCCUCCACUCUCAUUGGGUCAAGGGAGUCUUUCGAGGGCACAACGUCACUGACCAAGGCACCCAAGAAACACCCAGCUGGUCUGGAGCGACGGUCCUCAGGGGUCCUCCUCUCUGACCAGCCCUCACAUCCUCGCCAGGGGUACCUGCUGCCACCACUUACCCAACACACCCUCACCCCCUGCAAGUCUGGGGCAACCGCCUCAGAUGUGCCCAGCAAUAACAAAAUGGGGUGUAGCACACUAUGGAGCAAAGCCUUGCUACCCCAAGCGCCAGCAGGCUUUCUGAAGGACCCCAAAAGCAGGAGAAUGCUUCUAAGGAGACAUUCUAUGCAGACAGAGCAAAUCAGACAUCUUGGAGACUUUAAAGAGAUCUAUGGCCAUUAGAUGGUUAUCUGGGUGAAGCACAAAAAACAAACAUGCGUUUAACUUGCUCAUAUCCUCUUCAACUGUUUGAGAGGUUUACGGUGUUAGUCAUUAUAUGCUAUUGUUAUAUAAGAUCACUGUGGAAUCUAAAUGUUAUAAUGUGCUAAAUAUGUGUAGUCAGUUGAGGGACUCUACCUCUGUCUGAUUCUGCCAAUGAGUUCAAUCAAAUCAGUAUUGAAAUGACCAGGGGGGUGAGGACUGUCCAAAGGAUAAGUGGAUAUACCGGCAUCAUGUAGACUGAAAAUGACACGGCUAUAAGAGAAACAUUUACAAACAAAAUGGAACAAAGAGAUGGUAGCAUUUUAUAGACAGCAGCAGUGGUAAUAACCUUGUCUUCAUUUUCCAUGUUAGGACCAGAUUUGUUCAUUGUUCAGCCACUACAUAGCAUUGAAUGAGAAGAUAUCCAGUCAAAUUCUAAACUUGUGAUGUGUGAAGUUCAGACUCUCUUGCUUAUCGGUCUUGUGGUGAUGUAGUUCACAAGCAUUAGGCUCAUGUUAGCAUGUGAAAUAUGCUGCUACAUUUUGUGGAGUAUUUCCAUGAAAAGGUGAUGUAGAUUUGCCCCACAGCAGGUCCAGUUCCAAUGGAACUUUACGACAACAGACCUGCAGAGUAAAGCUAAACAUGUCAUUUGACUGUCGGUUAACUGAUGUAAUAGAUGUUUGUUUGUUUAAUUUAAAGCUAUUUCAGCAACUAGGCAAUUUAAUGGCCAGAGCAUUGUGAGUUAUAGAAACUUAAAUGUUUUUUAAAAUCUAUGCUAGUAAGAUAUUCUAAAACCUUCAAAGGUGGGACCUUACUAAAAACAUCAGAUAUAGAAUUUUGAUCAUAAAAUUGUUCUGAUGUAAUAGACAUCUUAUUAUGUUUUAAGGGGAAAUUGUAUGCAAGUAAACUGUUUAGUAUUACUGGUUUAUUAAAGAAAAUAACAAAUAAGAUUAGAUGUGACCUCAUAGUCCACAUUCCACGUUCUACAUAAAUAGAGAGCACCCUUCCUUGUCAGUUCAAUUCUGCAUUUAUUUAUGUACUUGAAACUAAGACCUGUGACUAAUUAUUUAUCACAAACUGUAAAAUGUUACUGUCAAAGUUAAAUUAAAGUGUCUAGUGGUUACCCAGUGGUAAUGCCACCAUUUCUAUCCAUUUCAAUGCGCCAUCUGUCAAAGGGUUUAAAAUUAGUUCCCAGUGUACUCUUUUGGGUGCAACAGAUUUUCGAUGUUUCAGAGAAAGGCAUAAUAACUUUGAUAAACCAGUAAUGUGAAAAUAUUACACCACCUACCUUCUUCAGAUGCCUAGAGCAUAAAUACACAGACUACAUUACACAACAUUAAUUUGCAUAUAAAUCAAUAUUUUAUUCUACAUG